AUGGCAAGGCAGGAAAAUGAUGAAACGAAUAAACAAAUCUCAAAAUGUGUUACAUUUCAAAGACAGUCCGUGUUUCAGGCGAAAGAUUUUCUUCGACCCUCAUACGACACUGACUACAACCUGUUGCGAUGGGCUCAAGGUUACAACUUCAACCUCGACGAGGCGUUAUCAUAUCUGAUUCGACAUUUGAAAUUUCGAGAAUUCUAUGAUCUUGACAAUAUUGAUAAAUUACGCGAUGAUAAAAUACUGAAACAAUAUUUUCCGCUCGGUUUAGUUGGUAAAACAGGUAAGGAUAAUCAUUUGUUGGUGGUUGAAUGUGCUGGUCGCAUUGAUCUCUAUGGAAUAUUACACAGUGUUCAACUGAACGUUUUCUUAUCACAACGGUUCAAAUUUCAAGAAAAUAUGCUUAAAGAAAUCAACAAAAUGGAAUCAAUCCAUAAAACACAGUGUUCAGUCAUUUAUAUCCUUGAUUUGGAAGGACUCAAGUUGGAUUCCACUCUGUUGACUACAGUAACAGGCAUGUUACCAAUUCAGUUUUUCAUUUUCUGUAUGCUUGGACCAUAUCGAAUAUUAUGGACGCUCGUUUACACCAAUUAUCCGGAAUGGGUGGAUCGUAUGAUUAUUGUGAAUUCACCCACUUUUAUAUCUGUUCUGUGGAAAGCCAUAAGUCCGUUGAUACCAGAGAGAACUCGGAACAAGGUUCGAAUUGUUUCGACUCAAGAGGAUUCCAUCAACGAAUUGAAAAAGUGCUGCGACAUGAAAUACGUACCAAAACAUUGGGGUGGGGAAUUGAUUGAUAACAACGGUGACCCGAUGUGCAGGGAUCGACUGAUAAUUCCAACGGAUACAAUA